AUGUCGAUGUCCCAAUCUACUACCUCCCAGGUCCCAGCCGAAUAUGUCAGGGGCCCACCGAACUUGGCGCGGAUUGCCUCAGCGAAAGACCAUAAACUUUCUUCUCACGUGAGACCUGGAGGAUGGUAUCUUGCGACAUAUGACUACCAGAGAGCCAGAAACAAGGACCAUAUCGGCACCUUCGUUCCUCAGUCGCUCGCCGCCUACAUGGCCUCUUCGGGAUAA